UAUUGUGAGGGAUUUAGAAUGUGAUUUGGUAUCUGGUUUUGGCCCAGGUACCACUCAAAAACCCGUCUGUUUGAAUCCUGGCUCCUCAUGAUGGAUGAGCUCCCCAUCAGGACCGCAGGGACUCUGCAAACACACCCUUCUCCAUUUACCUUGGAGAUUACAUUCUGGGGAGAGAAAUACAUAAAGCACUUUAUAGAUCUAGGGUUAGGCCUUAUAACUGUUUGUACUAGCAAUCGUAUGAUACUGGAAGUGGGUCUGCACUCACUGCUGAUACGUGAUGUCAGACAGGUGGCGGUUAUGCUCCUUUAGGGUGGAUACCACACGCAUUAAACUGAAAGAAGAAGAACGUCUUCCUGUUAGCCGUUAGCCUGUUAGCUCCUCCGUCAUGGCGGACCUGAACCGGCAGCUGCAGGAGUAUCUGUCCCAAAGUAAGGAGUCUAAAGGCGGCGGAGCGCGGAGCAGCACCGCGGUGGAGCUGCCGGAGGACCCGGAGCCGGUCUCAGGGAGCUGGUUCGGCCGGUGGUCCAGCCCGUGGUCUAGCAGUCCGUCGGGCCUAAGCUCCAACUCAAGCUCCAGCAGCGGGUUUUCCUGGCCCUGGUCCCCGGAGCCGGACGCCUGUCUGCCGGGUCUGACGCGUGGCCAGAGGCUGGUCGGCGCCGCGCUGUUUGCCGCGCUCUCCGCGCUCUGCUUUGCGCUCUCCGCGCUCUACGCGCCGCUGCUGCUGCUUUACGCCCGGAAGUUCGCUUUACUCUGGUCGCUCGGGUCGCUGUUCGCCAUCGCGGCAGCGGCGGUGCUGCGCGGCCCCAGCAGGUUGUUCGCAAGUCUGCGCUCCUCCCCAGCGUUCGCCGCCUACCUGUGCUCGCUGGGCGGCACUCUGUACGCGGCACUGAGCGUGGUGUCGCUCCUGCCGGGCGGCAGCGCUGGGAUGCGUUUCAUGAGCGGCGCUGCAGCGGCAGCAAUCAAAAGGACCGUGAGCGGGAAAACCCUUCCAAUCUGACCGGAAAAACUGAGGACCAAAGACUGUUUGUGAGAAACCUGAUUCCUGAUGAACCCUCACGACCUGAUGCAGGAGUAAACUCUGACGUCAUCAAAAAGGUGUGCUGAACCCCUGCAGGAGCUUUACACCUGCUUUCUGGGAGGAGCGUCGUUUCUAAACAUUGUGCAACACCAAAUCAUUAUUAAAUAUGUUUGUUCAA